GAACCAGGCACCCCUCUCUCUCUCUCUCUCUCUCUCUCUCCAGAUCUACUCCUUCGCCUCUUCUUCCAUCAGUUUUUUACACUCUCGAGUCUCUCCUAAAGAUUUUUUUUUUCUUCUCGCUCUAAAAUCUGAAAACUGUUCUCUCUCUGCAAAAAGUAGAAAAAUCUCGUAGAAGUAUUUCUUAACCUCUUUCGCAAAUCGAAAGAGGAAUACUAAUAAAAGAUUCUGUUAGGAGAUUUCCGUCGUUUACUUAUUUACUGAUUUAAAACUGUUCUGUUUGUGGAACCCUAGGGUUUGGGAUUUAGGGCUUGGAAAAAAGUUGUUACUUUUUGAAGAUUCGUUUCCUUGCUUCUGCUGCGUGCUCUGUUUUAAAGAGCGAGAAUGGCGAGUGGGUACCCAGGCGCUGUUAGUGCUUCCCAGAUUGGUACGUAUUUUGUGGGACAGUAUUAUCAGGUUCUUCAACAGACGCCCGAUUUCGCUCACCAGUUCUACACCGAUGCAAGCAACAUGAUUCGGGUCGAUGGAGAUUCGACCGAGUCCGCUUCGUCAUUGUUGCAAAUUCAUACACUUGUAGUGUCACUUAAUUUUACUGAAAUUGAGAUCAAGACAAUUAAUUGUCUUGAAUCUUGGAGUGGCGGGGUUCUUGUGGUUGUUUCGGGUAUUGUUAAAGCAAAAGAUUUUAGUGGCAGGAGGAAGUUUGUGCAGACCUUUGUGCUUGCACCUCAGGAGAAGGGUUACUUUGUCCUGAAUGACAUCUUCCACGUUACGGACGAGGAUGUGGUCCACCAACAUACAGUGCCCGCAUUGUUAGAAAACAGAAUUGAUCCCCAACGGCCUAACUCAACUCCUAUUUCAGAGCCACCAGUUCCUGACUAUGGCUUUGAGGAAGAAGCUACUGAGUUUGUUAACUCAGUUCACAUAGAUGGGGAUGAUGAAGUGGAUGACUACAGUGGCGAAGACCAGCAGCCGCAGCAGCUAGAUUUUGAAAGUGAAACUGAGUUGGAGGAAACUCCUGCAGAAGAUUUAUCUGCUUUGCUUCAUAAGGUUGUGGAAGCCGAGCCAGAGCCUGUGCAUUCUGUUGAGGAGCCAGUUGGAGAGCCUCCAAAACUCACUUAUGCUUCCAUAUUGCGAGCUGCUAAAGGGCCAUCUGUUCCAUCAGUCACUCCUCGGCCGUCUUUUACGAAGAGCACCCCACCUGCAUCAGAGUGGCAUCAUCCACAGCCUGCUGCCUUGCCGUCGAUCGUGCCUGAGUCUAGAUUGGAGGUACCAGAGGAAAAUCCAUCACUGGCUGAAGAAGGUGAAUUAAAAUCUGUCUAUGUGAGGAACUUGCCAUCUACCGUUUCUGCUGCUGAUAUUGAGCAGGAGUUUAAGACCUUUGGAAGAAUCACAGCUGAUGGUGUGUUCAUCAGGAAUAGAAAGGAUAUUGGUGUGUGCUAUGCCUUUGUUGAGUUUGAAGACCUCCAGGCUGUUCAAAAUGCUGUCAAGGCAUCUCCAAUACAGUUGGCUGGAAAGACGGUCUAUAUCGAGGAGAGGAGAGCAAACAGCAGCGGUGUUGCUUUUCGAGGUGGAAGGGGAAGAGGCAGAGGAAGUUACCAAUCUGAUACUCUCAGAGGGCGUGUUGGUGGGCGGGGUUCUGGCAGGGGAAAUCAAGACGGGGGAGACUUCAACAAAUCACGAGGCAAUGGUUUUCGUGGUGGUUUAUAAUUGAAUGAUCAUAACAACCCGGUUCAACAAGGGCAUAUCCAUAUUCCUAGUCAAACGUUAUCGGGCUUAGGUAGAUUGGUCCUUUACGGUCUUCAACUGCCACAGUUUCUUUCAAGGCUUUCAUCGAACAUGUAUUCGUGGUGUUUCCGGUUUUGCAUGGAUGCUUGUGAGUUGUCAGAGACAUGUUUGUUCUAUUUUUACCCAUUGAGUUCAUGUAUGCUUCUCCAGAUCCCGCAACGGCGGGAGCCUCGUGCACUGGGUUUGCCCUUUUUUGAGUUCAUGUAUGCUUCUUUCCCCUUGGUUGUUUUUUAUCCUGCAAUUCAAGAGGGAAUAUUUAUAUUUUUGAGUGAGAUGUCGGGAGGUUUGCCGUGAAAA